UUAUAUAUAUAUUAUUUAUUUAGCGAAUUAAUUAAUUAAUUUUGGAAUUAAAGUGGAAUUGUAAUAAGCGAACUAUGAAGGCGGCUAUUGUCCAGCAAUUGAAUUUAAUUAUUUAUUAGGAUUAAAAUUAAUGAAAGCCGAUAUAUCAAAUUAAAAUCGAAAAAAGUAGAAAUUUGUUCAAUCUUUCAUCUGGAUAUCGAACUGAUAAAAUCCGUGUGGGUUUCGUAUUUACAUCACGAGACUAUCGUCAUACGUAUAGAGUGCAAUAAAGUCAGGGCACCCACUUUGAUUUUUCUUCUUAAUAAUAAUAAGAUGGCAUCGUUCUUUUUACUUUUCCUUCAUUGUCACAAUUGUCCCAUUUUCUGUUCAUAACUCAUCAAUAUCUUUUUUCUUUUAUUCCUGUCUACAUUUAAAUCUGUGGAAAAUUAUUUGUGGCACUCAAGCUCACAUUAUAUAUUUCGCACUCGCUACUUUUCAUUUCGUCAAUCCGUCAAUUUUUCUUUUAUUGCAAUUUUUAAUUAGUGCAAUAAAAAUUUAAAAAAAUAAAAAAAUAAAAAAGAAUCGGAAACAAAAUUGACCGUUGUGAUGCGAAAUCUUUUACAUAUUUUAUUGUAGUCGUUUUCAAGUUGGUUUUCUAGCCGACUAUAUUAGCCGUCUCGCAAAUAAUUUGAAACGAUUAUUAUAAUGUCUUUUUUUUCUAUCUUCACAAAAAACAAUAUAUAGAAAUUAAUGGAAUUUGUCCAUACUUUUUCAAAUUUUUUCAAAUUUAAAUCGAAGAUAGGAUUCGCUCCAGACGAGCUCCAGAAUUUUAUUUUGUAGAGAAUUCAUGUUUCGCCAUGUUAUAUAUGUUAAAUGCAUUUCAGAAUCAUUAAGGUUUAAUCCUUCGAAAAAAGGCUUUUUUCUAAUAACAUCCUCUUUGUAACGCGAUAACGAUGUUUUUGUUCUCGUUUCUUCUCGUUUUCAUUUUGAAGCCAUCGAGCUUUCCCAUUUAACUGUGAUAUUCGCGUUACUGGGCGCAUCAAUCAUUGGAAUUAAUCCGUAGCGUGUUUCUUUCUUAAUUCUUUUGUUAUUAAAUACGCGUUUCGUCCCCUCGUUUAAGAAAAAAAAAAUAAACAUUAGGUCACUUUUGCGAAAUAUUUUUUUUGUGCAAUACGCCGUCGAUUUUUAUCCAUACUAUUCUUUUUUUGUCUUUCGCAUUAAUUUCUGCGAACCAAUAAACUAUACCUCGAUGCAUAAACUAUUCCUCAAUUCCUGUUGCUUCCUGGCAAGUUUACAAUCAAUUAGUAAUAAUUGUGCAACUCCUGCUACUUGAUAUCGCAAAGUUACCCUCUAAUCGCGCCGGCGCGAUGGACAUAGAAAGAUUUUAACGAUGCUAAGGUGUGCAUUAGAGCAAAUAUUUUCGCGUGCGUUGCUUCAUCGAAAAAGGAUAAAAAAAGGGAGGGGGGGCAAAAAGAAAAGAGAAAGCGUAAGGUAUUUUUAUGCAACUGACCUUUAUGUGUGCCGCUGGAUUAUGAAGUUACAUACUUUUUCGAGCAUUUUCUUUGUACAAUAUAUAAUCACCGAUUCGCCGUGGCGGUAGAAUCGUAGUCUCAGGGUUGCAAACAAGCAAACACGAUACAAAAACCUAGACACAUACAAAUAGUUAAGCAUACGAAUAUAUUUGUCAGACAUUAUAAACUGUAGCGAUAACGAUAGAUUUAAUAAGGAGAAGAAUAGUACGUUAAAAAAAAAAAAGGCAGUAUAUCGCGUAACACAAAGUUCGCAGAUUACGAAGGCAAGAACUAUUUAUUACGGUAAUGAAAGGAGAGCCAAGAUAGGAGAGAGAUGGAAUUACUAAUAAAAAUAUAAUCGUUACGCUAAAGUGAUAAAUGGGACGAUUAAGCUAUUCAAUGGAGAAGGCGUAUUCUCAAAUUGCCGAAUUUUGUUAAACUCGCGAACUCAGAUUGACUUGAAAAUUUCCAGCUUCCUUCGGAUACGCCCGAGAUAAAGAUAAGGGUUUGUUAUUUCAUUGAGAUCUCGUAUUAGAGGAUGGUUAAGGCUACGUGUAAUUUAUCGUUAUGUAUGACAAAAAUUUACUCGAGAUACGGCGAAGAUAUCUUUUCGUGAAAGAAUAUGUGAUGUGAUGUGACUUUCUUUUUGCGUUAUCCGAUACGAGGAUAUAGCGAUUCUUUGGCGUCGAUAAAAUUCUCGUGAUUACGUAAGUUUCUUCGGCAAUAGAUCUAUUCUUGCUCCGUUGAUUUACGUUACACAAGAGCACGUCUAUAUAUCAAAAAAAUGUAUUACGAAUAAUUACAUAUAUAUAAACAUACACACGAUAUGUACGAAACGGCGAGAAAUAUGGGCGUUGCGUUUUGAGAUCUUUUUAUAUUUGUAAAAAAAAAAAAAAAAAAUAACCGUCUAACAACACAGGCUUGAAUGAUCACGCUGCGGUCUCCUCAAGUUUUUUAAUGAUUGUAAUAUAAAGUCGAGCGAAAUUGUUAAAUUUGUUCGUUUAGUUUCAUGUCUUUCCUCUUAUGAAUCAUCACUUUUGUCUCAAGUCCGUCGAUAUAAUUCGCGCCUGUAUGGGAAGAGAGAGAGAGAGAGAGAGAGAGAGAGAGAGAGAGAGAGAGAGAGAGAGAGAGAGAGGGAGAGGGAGAGAAAGAGAGAGAAAUGCUGCUUCUACGAUGAUUAUAAAUAUGUACGUAGCUACUUUGUAAUUAUAUCGUGGUAGAUUCUCUCUAUACAUGAUUUUUAUAUGUGCGCAUAUACUGAGAAAGUGCAGUAUAGUUCGGUGUACCUAACAAAAACAAGAAGAAAAAAAAAGAAAAAAACAGUGAGGCCGAAGAUAAUAAUAGCAUCAAUGUUGUCGAUGCGAUAUAAUUGGAAGCGCAUCGCGAAAUUUCGUAACGCGUGUAAUUAAAAUAGUUUGUAUGAGAGAGAAAAAGAGCGAGAGCGAGAGAGAGAGAGAGAGAGAGAGAGAGAAAGUGUGCGCGCGUGUGUUAAUUAAGAUGACGAUAUCUACAACGAGAUGCAAAAAAUAAAGCAACAAAGAUACGCUGUAUGGAACUACCUCGGUAAUAGUGUCUUCGUUCAUUAUUCCUUUAAUAUUGUCCACAUACAUAAUUAAUUUAUAAAAAUUUAAAUGCACGUUUUCCUGGUUUUUUUUCGGCGAUGAAAUUUUUUCAUGAAGAUCUGAGCAAAAGAGAGAGAGACAGAAGCAUCAAUAAUGCUGAAGCGAUUGAAAAUUCUGCUUUGUUCGCGCAUCAAGUUGCGAAUAUAACGAGAUUAUUCUUCAUUUAAUAUCAAGCAGAGUUUAUUUUAACAUGCUUUUCGUUCCAGGCAUAUUUGCGCAUGCUAAAGUAUUUGCGAUAAAAAUAUGCGAGAUGUACAGUAAGGAUGGAGAUUAUUGAAAAAUUAAUCUGCGAAUUAAUCCUUGUCUUAUUGUUAGUUCAAGUAAAAAGUAGAUGCAUUUAUUAUGAAAUAAAUAACCGCUCGAAAUAAACAACCGCGCGUGACUUAAUAUAUCUAUUUUGAUAAAGGAACUUUCCGGAUGCCAAAUUAGCUGAUGUAUUGCAUUGUAGUGUCGGAAGUGCUUUCGCGCAUUCUCGCACGGACGUUAUCGCGCUAAUCUCGCGCGUGGGAUCAAGUGCGGCUCUCACUUUACAAGAGGCGAAUUGCCUUAUAUUUCACGAGCAUCGAAUGUGCAAACGAGUUACUAACAUAUCUGCAUGUUUGAAAAAGUGUUGAUCUUAACGGAACGAAGUAUGCGCCGUGGCUCGUGCGAUCAGUCCGCGCGAAAACCAUGCCGCGAGAAGUGCCAUUGUACACGCUAUUAUAUGUUCCUCUCCUCUUUUGCACGACGAUUAUUUUGAACGUGAGAUGCGUUAGUAGCUUUUCAGAUAACUGUCUGGAGCUGGUCGAGUUCGAUGUCGACGAGAUUGAGAAUCAUUUGUCAAAGUUAAAUCUCACGGAUGUGCCUACCGUGAAGAUGAUGACUGCCGGAUUUAAAUGUCCGAUUUCCGCUUUGCCUUUCGGCGCGCUGAAAUCAGACUGGUCCAGACUCCUGCUGCUUCAAGAAGCUCAGCCUGACGGGUCGAUUAUCAAGUCUAAACUCAUCCGGCUAAUGCGAAUUCUGAUAGUUGCUUAUUUCCAGAUGGAAGAACGUUUCGACGACGUGAUAAGCUCUGACACGGCAAUUCCAAAAAAACCUUCGAGAGAAACGUUGGUGACUGUGUCGAAUACAGACGAUAAAAAUAAACUAUACAGCUCCAAUAUCGAUUAUCUCCGGACAACCGAGACUUCAAAUUAUGACGUGAAUUCAUAUACAUAUUCGACACUGACUGACAAGAAUGACAAUAUGGAAAUAAAAUUGAGUUCUAUAGCAGAAAUCGUGGUAGCAAGAAAUUCUUCGAAUGAAACAACUACUAUUGUGCCGUUCAACGUGACACAUGAGAAUGUCACGUCAUCGACAGAUCUUAAUGUGACUAUUACGGCGCCUUUUUCCAGUGGCGCAUUUGACGUAAAAAAAGCUUCGUCCAAGAUAAUUGCAAUUGAUAAUUGUUUGAAGCAGCCUUUCAAGGAUAUCGUGCGGAAGAAUCAGAAUCGCAAGCGCAGCAAAGUUUACGAGACGUUGAAAAAUAAAGCGAAACAUACGGAGCGCGCGGCGCAGAACGAUAAUAAAAUUAAUUAUAAGAAAAAUCGCACUAGAAUAACACCGCCGCCGAACGAGUUUUGGCAACACGUAACGUUUCCUCCGGUAAAUGUAUCUACGAGUGCGCGAACUCAUCAAAUGGGAUUAAAUGGGUUUAAAGCGAGCGGUCAAAAGUCACGAGCGAAAACGCGCGAGCUUGAAAAGCUUUACGAAAACUACGGCCGAUUUUUAUGGCGCUGAUGAGAAUGAAGAAAAUGAGAAGUAAGAUAUGCGGACAAUAGUAGUGAUAUUUCGACUAAGCGUACAGGAAAAAAGCGAGAGGAUGAUUGAUAUUGUCGCAAAAAAAGAAUACAAUACAUGACAUUUCUACGUUUUACACAACGUUCUUUCACGAUUUUAUUAUCCGGUCAGACUUCGCUAGGCGGACAACGCUGGCCCACAUUUUGCGGUAAAUCUCAAUAAAAUUGAUCUUUCAAUACA